GUCUUCGCUAGACGAUAUGGAAGAAAAGGGAGUCGUGGAGAAAGUCGAUGGUCCAACCGAGUGGGUGAAUUCGACAGUGAUUAUAGAGAAGCCAAACAGUGACAAACUACGAAUUUGUCUUGAUCCAAGACCACUCAAUGAAGCUAUCAAGCGAGAACACUUCAAGAUGCCAACAAUAGAGGAAAUCACGACGCGUGUGGCCGGAGCCAGAGUAUUCUCCAAACUGGACGCAAAUCAUGGCUAUUGGCAAAUACCACUAGAUGAAGAGAGCCGAUUGCUGACCACAUUCAACACACCAUUUGGUCGUUACUGUUAUAAAAGGAUGCCAUUUGGAAUCAAGUCUGCGCAAGAAGUAUUCCAGAAACGAAUGUGUCAAUCCUUUGGAGAUCUCGAGGGCGUGGAAACAGAUGUGGAUGAUAUUUUGGUUUGGGGAGCCACAGUCGAAGAGCACGACGAACGUCUGAUGAAUACCCUACAACGAUGUGAAGAGAUCAACCUCACUCUCAACAAAGAGAAAUGCGAGUUUCGAGUGAAAGAAGUCACAUCGGUCACAAGUUAACCCGAGAAGAUGUGAAACCGGAUGAGCAGAAGGUUAAAGCCAUUAAGCAGAUGCCCCCUCCCGAAGAUAAGAAAGGAGCUGAACGAUUGCUUGGUACAGUGAACUAUCUAGCAAAGUUUAUACCUAACAUGUCCACGAUAAUGCAGCCGAUUAGAGAGGUUAUGAAAAGUGGCGUGGAGUUUCAAUGGGGAGGUGCACAGGAGAAAGCGUUCCAAGAAGUAAAAGAAAUACUAACAAAGGCGCCAGUUCUUGCAUACUAUGAUGUGAAGAAACCUGUGACGGUGACGUGUGAUGCUUCAAAGAGCGGUUUUGGAGCAGCGUUACUUCAAGAUGACAAACCAGUCGCGUUUUCUUCGAGAGCCCUGACAGAUGCGGAAACUCGGUAUGCGCAGAUCGAAAAAGAACUAUUGGCAGUUGUUUUUGCGCUCGAGGAGUUCAACCAGUACACAUAUGCCAGAGCUGUAGAAGUUGAAACUGAUCAUAAACCGUUGGUCUCAAUUGUGAAGAAGUCGUUAACGUCAGCGCCACCUCGUCUGCAGAGAAUGCUAUUACGGUUGCAACGGUACGACUUUACAUUGAAAUACAGACCUGGGAAAGAAAUGAUCAUCGCGAAUACACUUUCUCGAGCUUACCUUACCGAUGAUGAUGUGGACAGUAGCAAGAUGAACGAAGAGUUAGAAUGUUACGUGCACACGGUAACCAGCAGAAUGCCAGUAUCCGAAGAACGACUGGAACAAAUCAAGAAAGAAACAGCGAUUGACCAGACCAUGAAGACCCUGUUCUCAACAAUCCGAAGGGGAUGGCCAGAGACAAGAAAACAAACACCUUGCGAAAUCCAGGACUACUGGAAUUAUCGAGCUUUCAGAAGUAGAUGGAAUCUUGUUGAAGCAAGACAAGAUUAUCAUACCCCUCAGUAUGAGAGGAAAGAUGCUAGAAAGAAUACACGAGAGUCACAUGGGUAUAGAGAAAUCCAAACGACGAGCAAGGGACAUUAUGUUUUGGCCAAGAAUGAAUGA